AUGGAAGCCUGGCGUGGAAAAGGUUAUGGUUUCGGGGUGCCCGGCCUGGCACCCGGCCCCUUGGCGUAUGCUACGACGCGGCCGUUUGACCAGGCGGGCCUGCGACCUGGUACGGGGACUAUACCUGUGAGCCCAGUUUCUCCGCUAGCUCCUGGACAGCCGUUGCUCGGAACUCCAGCCCCCUCGGGGCAACCCACUAGACCUGCGAAUGUAGACAACAGUGGAGAAGCAGCUGGAAGCCGAGAGGCGUUAAAUCCUGGAGCCAGCAUUGCUGGCGGUUUGGCUAACGCUCUUGGAGCCGCCGGGCAACCCGGGAGCUCUACGACAGGAGAACACCCCAAAGGGGUACAGAGUGCCUUUGAAGUUUUAGGGAGGAGACCUCCAGCAGAUCAAGGAUCGGCUGGAAUGAGCACCAGCGAUGCUAUCGUGAAGGCUUUGACAAUGGCUGUCUCUGGCGAAAGGAAGGUGCUGCCUUCGUGGUCGGGAAACACAAGUACUUUGAGGGCCUGGUUGCGACAGCUCAGCUUCUGGGAGAUAGACAACCAGGUGCCCCGCCAUCGGUGGGGAGUGAAGCUCUUCCAGAGUUUUCCCGAGGGCAGCGUGCCCCGCAGAAUCGCCGAAGGCCUGCCGAUGGAGAUCGUGAUGACCGAGGCGGGCUAUGGUGCGAUUCUUACGGCCGUGCUGGACAAGUUCAAACCAUACUUGGAUGCAGCAGGCCCUGCAUCCAUAGAUGCCUUUUUCUUUCAAGGAGACCGACCUAAGAACGAGUCCUUUGCUAACUUCAUAUCCUCCAAGGAACUUGCUCGCCAGGAAGUGGAGAGCUUGGUUGGCGAGCGCAUUCCGGAAAAGAUCGCGGGCCGGAUCCUUCUACGGCAAGCAAGCUUGACUGAGGCACAGCGGGAGUCCUUGGCAAUCAAGCACAGCGCCCUCUUGACCUUCGACGAGGUGGCGACAGCUCUCCGUCCUUUGGAUCGUCCGGAUGCUCUACUUAGGCCUAUGCUUACCUCGAACUUGAUGACGAGUGGGGAGCCUGCGGCUUCGUACUGGAUGCGAGACGAGGAGCAAGAGGCUGAGGAGAAUGAUCCGCCUCGCUGCGAAGGCGGGGACGACGAGUGGGACGAGGAGAAGGGCCACGGCGGCUUCUACGAGGAGCCGGAGUUCGAUGAGCAAGGCGAGCCCUUGCUCUACUUCGAGGCCGACCGGGAGUACGACGAGGAAGAGGCCUUGUAUAUCUGGGCCUACAAUGACGCCUACAACCAGAUCUACUUCGAGGGAGAAAGGCCUGAAUCCUCAAGCUUUCCCGCCUACCAGGACGUGCGCCGUGAAAUGCAAGCGCGGAGGAAGGGGCGGCAGUUCUUUCGGCCGGACGAGAAGAAGGGCAAGAAGGGCAAGGGCAAGGGUCGGGGCGCAGGCAAAGCAAAAGGGAAAGGAAAGCGCUCUGACCGACUCGGAAAGGGCCGUGGCAAAGGUGCGUAUCGCGGCUCGGCUAGCGACUUGCUCUCACGCACCCGCUGCUAUAGCUGUGGCGAGCUUGGGCACUUCAGCCGGGAUUGCCCUGUUGGACAGCCUCCUGCGGCUGAUGGUCGAGCAAGCUUUGUGGUGAGCCAGGGCGUGGGGGCAAUCAACAGGACCUUCAUGCAGACCAAGGCGGACCCGGAUGCUCGCCAGCUGCCAAAGGACAUCGCUGUGUUUGCUGGUGUGCGGACCGGCUCCGGUCAGGGGCUCGUGGACAGUGCAGCAGAGGAGGGUGUCAUAGGCUCGGGGGCGUUCUCUCGCCUCAAGGAUGCGCUCACGCAACAAUGCCUACGACCGCUUCAAGUCCGAGGGCCUGCCGGUGCUUGCGCUGGCAUAGGUGGCAAUGCUCAUGUUCUGGGCAUUUGGGACGUUCCCAUCGGCGUGUGCCAGACCAAUGGGCUACUCCGUGUCACAGAGGUCCAGGACACCGACGGCUUCGAGACGCCCCUGUUGUUGCCCGUGUCCUUCCAGGAGCUCAUCGGCAUGGUCAUCGACUAUGACAAGGCCGAGGUGCGGACCAGGCAGGGCAAGGCAUCUCCGAUGCAGCGAUUGCCGUCGGGACACCGAGCGAUCUCAGUGGUGGAGUUCGAUGGGCGAUGGCAACUGCCACGGGAAAUGCAGCGUGGUGGCAAGGACCCCUUUCAGUUGCCACGACAGCCUCGGCCAGCGCAAAAGCAAGGUCCCGUGCAGCGUCAUCGGGGAGUGACCGUGUGGCUGAGGCAACCAUGCGGUACCAUGCAGGAGGUUGCGUUUCUUGCGGGGUCGCGUCAGUGCAUGGUGCUCCCUUCAGAGUGUAUGCCUCCUGACAUGCAGUCCCACCUGGAAGCCACCCGUGUAACCUUCCUGGAUGCCCCUCAUGGCCAGCACCCCUAUGUCAUCAAUGACGUUUGGCAAGGUAACCUUGGUUCGCGUCGUUUGGAUUCCGCGUGGACAGGUACCGUGAUCUUCCAGCAAGUAAUCCCCGAGCCCAACACGACCUCUACAGCUUCUACUGUCUCUGCUGCUUCACCUACGACCCCAAACUUUGCGUCGGUGCCUUCCUUUUCUAUCGGCCAGGCGCUCCUACAGCCUGGGCGGUUGGAUUCCGCCGAGGCCGGCCUUGCCGAUGCUGAGCAUGACUUUGAGGGUGUUUUCUCUUCGGUUGGGGCAGGUUGUAUGAUGGAGUCGAGCACCCUGCAAACUCAUGCGGUUGAUCAUGCGGUUGAUGUGUGGCAGCGAGUCCGAGAGAAGAGUCGGGAUGUGUUCAUUUCAGUGCAAGCAAGCAUGAAGCGUGGCGUGUCAAAGCACUCGGCCUUCUUUGUCGCCUGGGCCCGAGAUCGGAACAAGGAGCACUCAAUGUUCGCUCGAGUGGCGACCUUCCUCGCGAUCACUUCGUGCCAUGCAGCAGCGAGUGCAAGAGCUUGUGCAAGGCGAGCUGGCCGAUCCUCAGCGCCUGGGACGCAGGCAACGAGGCUCAAUCUGGUGCCAGAAGGCUUGGGCCAGACUGGUGCGGAUCAUCGUCCGCAUGAUCGCUACGACUCGCGACCAGAUGGUGAUCGAUGCCUUGACGGUAGCUCCUGCUCAGGACGCAGCAUCUUCAUCCUCGACGGUACCGCAAGCACCACCACGAAAGGAGCCGGAGAAGUGCGAGCACAUCGAGGUGCACUUCCGGAACACGUUCGUCCAGUGUAUCGCAGCACCGAGCCCCCUCGCAUGCUACCACCACCGAGGACACCAACGAGUACCCGAUCAGGGACAAUGGCACCGGAAGUCUCAGAGACGGGCUACCCGGAGGGCACGAUCCACGCCAAGAAGAACGACGAUCGGAAGGGCAUGAUCCACUCCAAGAAGGACGUCGCGAUGAAGGAGGCGAACUACCCGGACGAGAUGUUCACCCACGAGCCGGAGUACCACGAGGAGCAAACCCAGAUCCGCGAGGGAAGAGGAUCCGCUUCGACACGGGCAAUCGCUGUGUUUUGCCCGGGUGCGCCAGUGCGAGAGGUGGAUCGAGUCGAUGCUCGCAGGAUGGUGCAGCUCCAGCCCAGCGAGUGGGCGGACUACGAACCCGGGAGAAUGACGUCGGGACCUAUGGAAGAAGAAGCGAAAACUACCCCACGGCGGUCCAGGAGUCUUCCAGCGGGAGUACAUCCAAUCCAGGACAGCGACACGGAGCACGGCGCGGACAAGACGCCGAGCUCGUUUGCCAUGGUGGAGACCUUGGACCAGGCGACUUCUACAACAUCGAAGUUGCCAUUCUACCGGCUGGAGGCCGGGAUUCUACAAGGUGACGAGUCCAAGACUUUUGAGUACGUUCUUUUUCGGUUGCCGGGACGGGAGUACAAUGACCUCUACCUCGGCCGAGCACUACAAGCAGUCAAGGAAUGCUGCCCAGCCUUUGCCACGGGCUGGGUGUCUGGAAGCAGCUGGGAAGUCAUGGUCUCUAUAGCUCGGGAGCAGGACAUGAACGGGCGCAUCUAUGCCGUAGCGUGCAAGACGCAAGCCCGUCGAGGACUUCUACGGCAACUUCCGUCGUCGUCAGCGACUUCAAUGUCCUUGUGCGCGUCUGGGCCCCAGCUGCAUGUGCUCACCAACGACAAGACACUACACCGAAUUCUUGGCACGGUCGACUGGCACUCCUGUGCAUGGGUGUCUUCCGAUCCUGAGGAGUUGGAACUAUGUGUUCGGUCAUUCCUGCACUGUUUGUGUCAUGGGCAGGCUCUGAAUGGCGGCACACAUCCAUCAACUCAGGACGUGCAAGCGGCGGCCAGUCGCCAUCGGGCGGCCUUUGAAGGUCUACUGAAAGCCGUCCGCGCUCAAACGGCCUUUGUGUUACGCUCUGAGGUUGCUUUCUCUCUCUAUGGGGAAGGGAAAUUGGCGCUCUUAGCUUCGUUGGCUUCGUCGGACUCAGCACGUACAACCUCAAGCUACAUGAAUGUGGAUGACGAGGAACAUGGAGACGGAGGUGAAGGAGACGGUGACGAAGCUCUUCGGGAAGUUCAGAGUGCCUUGCGACCAGUGACGGACAACUCAGAGGUGACAAAAGCUAUGGAAGCCAUGGAUGACUACCGCAAGCACGAGGCGUCGGGACGGUUCUCACUACAUCCCCAACUGCGCCGAGAAAUCUUCAAGGUGCACAGGAACCUGAAUCACCCAGCCAAGGAUGUGUUCCUCCGAGCGUUGCGCCACUCUGGUGUUCGGGAAGAUGUACUGCUGUGGAUAAAGGAACACUUUGCAUGCCCUCUGUGCGAGGCAUCGAAACACUCGUUACCGGCGAGACCGGCACACCUGGCGAAGGCCCUGGAGUUCAAUGCCAUCGUGGCGGUGGACCUGUUCUACAUGAACAUGUUCGGGGUCGAGCGGGUGUUCUUGCUGUGCAUCGACUAUGGCACCGGGUACAUCCAAGUAACUCAGUGCUCCGACGCCAAAGCCCUGACGGUGAGACAGGCUCUGAGCAAAUGUUGGAUAGCGCCUUUCGGCGUGCCAGAGUUGGUGAUCUGCGACCAAGGACCAGAGUUCACGGGCGAGCAGUUCGUGGAGUACAUGUCACAGAUGGGCGCAGCGGUGCACUUUACCGAUGGGUCCUCUCCCUGGAAGAACGGAAGGGCCGAGCGAGCCAUUGGAACCGUGAAAAAGAAGAUGAAAACGGUCAUGCAAGAAACCUCUGCCGUUGCCGAAGAGAUUGACAUGGUUGUCGCCCAAGUGGUGGCAGGCCAUAACAGCUUGUACGAUCGGCAUGGUUUCUCGCCAAACCAACGGCUUUUCGGUCGUUCCCUUCGACUUCCGGGCUCUUUGAUGGCAACGGACAAAUGGGACCAAGAGAUGGUUCGAGCCUCUGCAGGGGAUUUGGUUCAACGAGGCUGGGCCAUCAGAGAAGCCGCUCGCGCAGCAUGGCUGAAGGAGGACGACAUCGUGUCGGUGCACCGAGCCUCUUCCGCUCUCACCCGAAGGUCGGACGUCCACUCCUUUAGCUUCAGGCCAGGUCAAUGGGCCUAUGUAUGGCGGAAAACGGACAACCGCUAUGGUUGGGUUGGACCUGGGGCUCUCAUUGCGAUGACACCGGGAGGCAAUUCCUGGUGGAUUAAUAUGAGAGGCCGGUUGUGGAAGGUGUCGGCUGAGCAGCUGCGCCCGGCGUCUUCGGAGGAGGACUUGGGUGCCACUCUGGUGACCGAACUACACCGAGACCUUCUUGAACAGGUUCGCGAGGGCAGUCGGACUGGCUACGAGGAUGUCACUCGUGAAGGAGUUCCUGACAGGACGGCCGAGGAGAUUUUCCCCGAGAUCUUCGAGGACACGGACUUCGAUUACAGUCCGUCCAUUGCACCUCCUGCUGAACCUGAACCCCCUGAACCUCCUGCAGUACCACGAGAUGAUGAAACGACCACGGCCGGUGAGAUGGCUAGUGACGUGGCCCCUCUCUCGGAGCCGAACUUUAGCCGACGACAGAGCAUACAGUCGACCGCCCCUACAGAAGCACUUCAGCCACCGCGAACUACGGUGGAGCCACGGUCGGUGAUACGUGUGGACGAGGCCCACGAUGGGGCUUUACUUCUUGGACCCGUUCGAGAACGUCGUGGUCCUCCCGUGCACCAACCGUACUACGCCAAGGGCAACUUCAUGGACGAGGAGAUCAAGCCCUCGACCUACCUCGAGGUCGUCCAGUUUGAUAUGCCGGAGAUGGCCCAUGCAAACUACGUGGCAGUGUCCGAGCCCAAGUGGGUGAAACUACAAACGACUGGACGACGACACCUCGAGCCGCUCUCUCCCAAAACCCAGUUCCAAGCUCAUGAAGCUGAAGGAAGCUACUGUGCUCGAGACCGGUGCAUGUACCUGACGAAGAGCAAGACUUCGUUUGGUCAGGUGGAGUUCUCUCGUUUGCAGGGAGAGGAGCGGGAAAAGUUCCGAAGUGCACGAAAGAAAGAGUUCGACUCCCUGCUGAACAACAAGGCCAUCCGCGUCCUUACAGUCAAGGAGUCGGAAGAGUUUGAGCGGCUCCAUCCGGAGCACGUUCUCAACUCGAGAUUCGUAGAUCGGUUUAAGCCGAAGGAGAUCGCUGCCAAAGACAUUGAAAUGGCCAAGCAGGCGGCAAUCAACCAUGGUCAGAUGAAUCCUCUCGAGAUGACCGAGGAUCGGAGUCAACCCAAAUCACGCUGGUGCGUCAUCGGAUGGGGUGAUCCCCAUAUACACCAGAUUGAGCGGUCAGCUCCGACCCCGUCUGGGGCUGCCGUUAACUGUGUGUUACAACUAUGCGCCAGCAGACGCUGGGCUGCUCGGGUCAAAGACGUGAAAACUGCAUUUUUGCAGUCGCGGCCCACGAGUAGAAAAACUCCGUUGGUGUGUCGGCAACCUCGUGAUGAACCACUGCCAGGUUUAGACCCGCGCCAAUUGGUCAUGCUUUUGACGGAAAUCUACGGCCUGGUGAGUGGGCCGUCCUGGUGGCGAUCCAGCUUUCUCCAACGCACCGGACGGCUUGGCUACAAGAUCUGCCCGUAUGAACCGUGUGUGUUGAUACUGCCCAACGAGAAGACCGACUCCACGACUCAGGGCGUGAUGGUGAUCGAGGUAGACGACAUCAUCGAGGGUGGCGACAAGAGACAUCGCCAACUGAUGGACACCCUGGAGGGCGAGGUCACCUUCGGCAAGGUCGUCAACCUCCAGGAGAAGGAGUCUUCCUACGCGGGCAAGUCCCUCAAGCAGCUGGCCGAUUUCAGUUUCGAGUCGCACAUGGACGAGUAUGUGUACACCCGGAUGUCACCAGUGGUGUUGAGCCGGAAGGUGCUCAAGAAGGACGCGUGCAACAGCCCUCUCGAUGACCAUGAGAAAUCUCAGCUGCGAGGAGUCCUCGCUACGCUCACGUGGGUCGGCCGGGAAGGACGACCGGACGCUGCAGCUGCAGCAAGUGUGCUUGCAAGUGCCUUCCCGGAGCCUACCGUCGACACCAUCUACCAGGCCAAUGAAAUGGUCCGGCAGCUUAAGCAGCACCCUGUGAGGUUGAGGAUCCACUCCAUUCCUGAGGAGAAGAUCCGCAACUUGCUGAUUUCCGAUGCGGCCUUCGACACCUCUGGCCGCGAGAAGUCCCAACAUGGCUAUCUGCUGGGCUUUACGAACAACGAGCUCAACUCCGGUGUCAAGGCCCCAGUUAGCUUGAUGAUGUGGAGAUCUCGGCGUUUGAGGCGGAAGGCCCAGAGCUCCAUGCUGUGCGAGGCCUUGUCACUCUCUGCAGCUACCGGUUGUUUGGAAAAGCAGGAUGCCCUAUGGGACUCUCUGAGGCUCUCCAACUAUGAUCCACGGCAGCGCCAACGUCACGAGGAGGUCGUUCUUGAACUUCAGGGUCGUUCUACGGUGAUCUCCGACGAGGCCGACCUCUUCCGAGACCCCCGAAGCAUCGUCGUCAUUGACGCCAAGGCUUUGUACGACACGAUCCUCAACGACCAGGCCGGCGAGUGCGAUCGGUCUAACCUCGAGGUGGCCGUGAUCAAGGAGAGUUUGCAGAUCUGCAAAGGUCGUGCGAGAUGGGUGCCUCACAACCUGAACCCGGCAGAUGCUCUCACCAAGUUUCCUGGGGCACACCUUGAGCCGCUAGUGCGUCUCUUGAAGAGCUCAUCUUUUGUGAUAGCCGAUGAGCAGCAAACGCUGCAAAGUGGUCGGCAGGGGUUGAACAGACAGAAACUCCAGAAGUGGGAGGAUGCAUCAGGAAAUUUCUUCUUUAUGGGGGCUGUGAAACAUGUAAAAGAAUCCUCUCAUGGAUGUGCGUUGUGCAGUCUUGUUGAAUCCAUCAAAGAGCUGCUUCCGGUCACCCGAUCGGAACUCCGCUCGGUGAUGUCCGAGACCGCCCCAUCGCUGGAGGGCGCACCUUCUACGUCCUACGAUGCGUUGAACCAGUCCGGCCCGAGCAGCCCACGGCAUGCAGAGGGUGACUGGUGGUCCUACCAUUGGGGUUACCAUCCCGGUGCCAGCUACUGGGAGCCGCCUUGCUACCCCUGGAAUGCCUGGGCCCAUCACGACCUGAAGGGCAAGAGCAAGGGCAAGGGGAAGUGCAAAGGCAAGGGCAAGAGCAAGGGCAAGUUCUUCCAGACGGAGUGCCCUUUCCGCGCCAGCUGGCACGACAUCUUCAGCUAUGCCUGCCCUGAGACGGAGAACGCUCCGGCCUUCGACGAGACCUCGCACGAAGAGCAGACUGGACAGGAAGGCACGCAAACCAGCCUCCAGUCGAUCCUGACCCCGGAAGUCCUCGCCGGCAUGGUUGCGUGGAAGCUGCCGGAGCUGCUUGACAUGGUUGCAGGUGACCCUGAGGACCUGGGGCAUGGCUUUGCAGCUGCUUUGGCUCACCCGCCCAUCCAAGGGACCCUCCAGGAGGCCAUGAAAAAGCUGGUGCCUUUGCUUGCUGCCUACGGCCUCGCCGAGGCCAAGGCCCAUCUUGAGGUCUUACUGGAGAGCCCAAACAGCCCGGGGUCAGCUCCCGGCUUGUUCCUGCAGUCUCUGGUGCGGGGCCUGAACACGCUGGAGCCCCAAAAGCAGCAGGAGCUUCUGACUUCGUUCUUCCAGCAGCAGGACCAGCUGCUGGCGCCCUUGGAAGCUCUCGGCCCCUUCCUCUUGAGGCUCUUGCAGCAUGACUCCGUCACCUGUGAUGGCUGUGAGGCUACACCGCUUAUGGGCCCUCGCUUCAAGAGCCUCAAUCAUCCAGAUUACGACCUUUGCGGCAAGUGUUUCGCCAAGAGGCACGAGAUCAGUCCGGAGCACAAGGACUUCAAGUGCAUUCUCGUCAACACGAAAGGCUUGGCAGGAAACUUCUGGGACUUCUUCGGCGGAGGCAAGCUGCGAUGGAUGUGCCGCUUUCUGAAAGGAAAGGGCAAGGGCAAGGGCUGCAAGGGCAAGGGCCGUUGCCAUGGCAAGCGCUGGUGGGAGGCCACUGAGGACUCCGAGAGACCGGCAGCCUCGAGGCCCGCGGCCUCAGCAGAGCCCUCGGCAGAGCCCUCGGCGGAGCCCUCGCCACAGCCGGGAUGCCAGUAUUUCAACAUCGGCGAGGGGCAG